UUAGCGUGGUACGUAAUAAUACAAGUGUUGGAUGCUGGGAGACUGGAGCGCUGAGCGGUGCCUACACAACUACCUGUCUUGACGGCAGGGUGUGUAAGGAUGCUCGGAUGACGCUUUUUGAACAGGGCCGACAAAGUGUUGACGAGAUUUGUGUGCUGUUGAGGACGAAGUGUUCGUAGUUUAGCCAUACUCCUGUUUUGUAAAUUGUGUGCCAGAUACAUAUUUUGCGACGGCGGACACUUGACGAGCAGAUAGUUGUUCUGAUUUCAUUUUUCACAGCUGGCAAUGUUGAGUGUAGGCCACGCCAGAUAUUGCAAGUAGGCUGGAUUCGUUCUAGUUUUUUUAAAUUCUGCCAUCUAAUGCCAACUGCCAAGUUAAUGUGGUGUUAUUUACUGAAACACGCGUGUGUUGUCUGAUUUGUUAUCUACGGAUGCGGAAGGCAGCUGCGUCCAUAACAAACCUAGCGCUGUCUGUAAGUUGAAACAUGACCGAAACACCGAGUGAUAUUAUCGGCGCUUUUGAGGCAGAGUCCUUCGUUGAGUCCUUGGAAUGCAUUGAUCUGGGGGACGUAGGCUCGAUGAAAUGGAUGACACUGCACGAGAGGCUAGAAUCUCUCAACAUGCAAGCACUGUUGGAAGCCCAAGGCCAAAAGGAAGAGAACGUCAAGGACCUCAUCAUCUCCCGCGACAAGCUACCAUUUUUGAUAAGGGACCUAAUACUGACAGAAGUCUGGAGGGACAAAAUAUUUCCAGAAGUCCUGGAGCAAAACGAGAAGCCGAAAACCUCAAUCGGUAUAUACAUCGUGUUGCACCACGAAGUGACGGUGCUCUCUCUCCUGGAACUGGUCACAUUCCGACUGCAGGCCACGGUGAGACCGGCCUCCGCGUUGGAGGCUCUGGGCGACCUCGUCCUGGACCUGAUCGACUACUGCCACCGCGCCGUGGUGCACCUCAUCGCCCACCCUGAGAUCCGGCUCGAGCGCGACGAGACCAGUCAGCCGACGAUCGGGGAGCAGCUGGUGCGGCAGCGUGACGACCUGCGCUUCAUGCAGGCCGUGCAGGCGGUGUCGCUGCUGCAGCACGUGUGCGAACAGCUGGACCAGCUGAGGUCGGCGUCGUCGCGCCUGCUCCGCCAGCACGACCUGCCGCUGCUGCUGGUGCAGCUGCUGGACGCGCGGCCGUGGAUGCGCACCAACCGCGCCAGCCGCCGCCAGAAGUACGACAACCGCAGCUGGGUGGCGUCGCCGCGCGACGAUUUCGCCAUCGCCAAGGUGGAGGGCCAGGUGUGGCUGACACUGCUACAGCUGCUGAUGAACCGCGACCAUCUGGCGCUGUACGAAAUCUCCGAGUAUCGGCGCAGCCAGCUGCUGCGGCUGCAGACACACCUGACGGACGUGCUGCUGGACCAGGUGCCGCCGCUGGCCGCCCUCCGCCAGUGGCUGGCGCACCUCUCCAUGAGCCAGCCGCCGCCGGCGCGCUCCCCCGUCAUCAUCGAGACCGUGCCCGAGCUGCGAGAUGGCUUGCUCGAGCGCCACGCCGGCCAGUGGGCGAGGCUUGCGCGCCGCCAGCUGGAGCAGCACUUCCGCGCCGACGCCGCCGCCAUCCAGGAGCAGGCGCGUCGCCUGGCGGCCGUCUACGACCUGGACAAGAUGGCGCCGCUCAUGACCGACGCGACGAAGUGCGGCGCCUGCGGCGAGGCCGCCGCCAAGAAGUGCUCACGCUGCAAGGCGGUGUGGUACUGCGGCCGUCAGUGUCAGGUGAAGCACUGGCCCGUCCACAAAGAGCACUGCGACAACGCCUGAGAGCAGAGA